CUUCGGCUGCAGUGGCUGGAGGGGAGCAUCGUGGCGGCAGGAGCACGCGGGGCAGCUGGGGGCGCCGCGCACCAAGCAGCCAGGACUGCGCAGCCAUGCGGGCGGCGGCUGGGGGAGUUUGGGCGGCAGCGCUGGCCCUGCUGCUGGGGGCGCUGCACUGGGUGCCAGCGCAUGGCCAGGAGUACGACUACUACGGCUGGCAGACAGAGCCGCUGCACGGGCGCUCUUACUCCAAGCCACCAAAGUGCCUCGACAUCCCUGCCGACCUGCCGCUCUGCCACACCGUGGGCUACAAGCGCAUGCGGCUGCCCAACCUGCUGGAGCAUGAGAGCCUGGCCGAAGUGAAGCAGCAGGCGAGCAGCUGGCUGCCGCUGCUGGCCAAGCGCUGCCAUUCGGACACGCAGGUCUUCCUCUGCUCGCUCUUCGCGCCCGUCUGCCUCGACCAGCCCAUCUACCCGUGCCGCUCGCUGUGCGAGGCCGUGCGCGCCGGGUGCGCGCCCCUCAUGGAGGCCUACGGCUUCCCCUGGCCCGAGAUGCUGCACUGCCACAAGUUCCCCCUGGACAACGACCUCUGCAUCGCUGUGCAGUUCGGACACCUGCCCGCCACCGCGCCUCCAGUGACCAAGAUCUGCGCCCAGUGUGAGAUGGAGCACAGUGCCGACGGCCUCAUGGAGCAGAUGUGCUCUAGCGACUUUGUGGUCAAAAUGCGCAUCAAGGAGAUCAAGAUAGAGAAUGGGGACCGGAAGCUGAUUGGAGCCCAGAAAAAGAAGAAGCUACUCAAGGCGGGCCCCCUGAAGCGCAAGGACACCAAGAGGCUGGUGCUGCAUAUGAAGAAUGGCGCGGGCUGCCCCUGCCCACAGCUGGACAGCCUGGCCGGCAGCUUCCUGGUCAUGGGCCGCAAGGUGGACGGACAGCUGCUGCUCAUGGCCGUCUACCGCUGGGACAAGAAGAAUAAGGAGAUGAAGUUUGCUGUCAAAUUCAUGUUCUCCUACCCCUGCUCCCUCUACUACCCCUUUUUCUACGGGGCAGCUGAGCCCCACUGAAGGGAGCCCCUCCCUGUCCCGCUGGCUGGCUGUGCCUUGCCCCUCUGUUCCUGCCCCUGGGGCGCAGUGUUACCUCCUGCCCCCGGCCUGGUCCUGAGUCCCAGAACGGGCCCUAGGGGAUGGGCAAGGAGCCUGGGACUGUUUUUGACCAAGGAGUUCUGGGGUGUCCGAGAGCUUCCUCUCUUUGAAGUAAGGCUUUCUCUUUCGGGGGGAGACCCCCAGGGUCUCAGAAUAUAGGCAGAGUGGGGAGAGAUGGAGGGAAACUUUGGGGGGGGUGGAGCUAGGAGAAGCCCAGGUGGUUUCUGGAGUGGACUGUGGUGUCAUCCCCCCUCUGCUGGUGGCAGGGCCCCGCCUUGGAGGGGGAAGUCUGGGUACCGGGCCGAGCUCCUUGAGGAUAGUUCUCCACCCCCACCGUCCUGUCGUGUGCCCUCUCAUAGCUCCCAAAGGAAAGGCAUUAGGGGCACAGUGUCCUCCAGCCACACCUCCUCACUGUCCCCGCCUCGGCCAGUUCCCUUCCCCCUGGACCAGAGAGAAGCCCAGCCUAGACCCCCUCCCAUAGACUCGCUUCUUGGGGUUCAUUCCUCAGCCCCUGUGUGUCCCUUUUACCUUGAUGACGAGUAAAUUAUUGCUACUGCUACAAGGCCACAGGUACUAAA